UCCACGGUCCAUACGCCAUCUCUCUCUCCCAGACGCUCCGCCAAACUCACGGUCACCCACCGUCUCUCUCUCAACUCUUCUACACAAAGCCUCUGUCUCAGCCUCUCUUUCCUUCGACGCUUCGACCCUCUCUCUGAGUCUCAAAUUCUCAGCUGACGAAUUUCAGCCCAUCGCGGUUUUCCCUCAAACUAGAAGGACGGAGCGGGAACGCAAUCCAUCUGCUAUUUCUUUCUUCUUCUUGUCUUCUUCGACCUGGUAGUGUUAUUAGGAAGGGCAAGGUAACGACUGUUGAAUCAGCGAUGGCUUCUUCGAGUAAAUCACUGAAAGAGUAUUUGAAACGAUAUGAAGGGAUUAAUGAAGAAGAGAAGAAGAAAAAGAAGAAGAAGAAGCAGAAAAGCAAGUCAGAAGCAAUGGGGUUUUUAGUGGUGGAUGAAGACCCUACGUGGCAGAAACCGGUGAAUCUUGAGGAAGAUAAUGACAACAAUUCAACAGAUGAAGACAAACCUUUUGUUGAUGAGGACAUUGAGAUUAAGAGGAUGAGGAGACUUGAAGCAUUGAGGGCCAAGCGUCCAUUUAAUGCCAUAUCUGAAGAUGGAAGUGGUUGGGUUCCAGUUGGACAAUCAUCGCCUCCUAAGAUUUCAAGCUCUGAUAUAUCUCCACCUCGUAGACAGAGGAUUAAUUCGGAACCUGGAUCAAUGUCUCCGGGAGAUAGGGGAGAAGAUGUUGACUUGUCACCUCCACGGCAGAGACGGAAGCGCCACCACACUCCAUCCCCUGAACCGGCAACAAAUCAAGAUCAGUUGCCUACAGACCUUUCACCCACAAGGAAAAGUAGGAAUGUUGAUUCAGAUCUUUCUCCACCAAGGAAGAGUAGGAAGGAUGUCGAUAGAGAUCUUUCUCCACCAAGGAAGAGUAGGAAGGACGUUGAUCUUUCUCCACCGAGGAAAAAGAAGCAAGUUCCUCCGGAUUCUUUGAAAGAGCAACCGAAAGUUGGUUUGAUCUCUGGCCGAGAAAUGAGGGACGAGAUCACGAGAACUAAGAAGGAUGAGCGGUUAAGGUAUGCACCUGUUUUAACCAACAUAUAUAUGCCAAUGCUUCAUGAUGAAUAAGUAAUAUGCGUAGUG